AGCUGACGCCAUGCCAGUUACACUUAAAGGAAGUUGUCAUUGUGGUACUGUGCGAUUUACAGUGGAAAGCAGUACUCCUGUCCCAUAUCAGCUAUGUGUAUGUUCCAUUUGCCGCAAAGUAGGUGGUGUUGGUGGCUCGAUCAACCUUGGCGCACAUUCAAAAACCUUGAUUAUCACACAAGGUAAAGAAUACAUCAGAGUGUAUAACGCUGUGAUGGAUAGAGAUACUCAAAAAGAGCAUAACACCACUUCUGAGCGCAAUUUUUGCAUGAAGUGCUCUUCUAUGCUAUGGCUUUAUGACAAAACCUGGUCUGAACUUUUGCAUCCAUUUGCAUCGGUCAUUGACUCCCCAGAACUUGAGGCGCCUGAUGAGAUUGUUGUUCUGAAAACGAAUUCAAAGCCUGAGUAUGUGCGCCUUCCAGAGGGAAGGAAGAAGGUGUUUGAAGAUUAUCCCAGCGAUUCCAUUGAGAGCUGGCACAAGAAGCACAACAAGUACGUGGAGUGAAAUAUUGACUUUGACUUUGCCAGAAGCACGAAAGAGUGGAACUGUAUGUAUGCUCAACGCUGGAAAGGAGACUACCGACGAAUUGGACAGACGAUUGUACUUGAGUAGCACAUGUGAUCCAUGAAUUGCGAAAACCAGCUAGUAAUUAGGCAGGCCGAUAGAGUCGUGCCAAUUCAUGGAUAUGAAUAUAAA